GGCAAAUGACCCUUUCCAAACUCCCCCAUGAAAGACCUUAGACAAGUUCAAACACCCAAACAGUCAUAUAACCGGCCUUAAUCUCUGUCUCUCUCUCUACAUACCCUUUCCACUUUUAAAAAAAUAUGUCACUUCAAACAAGUAGCCACCAGCCAAAUUUUACAAAAUACUCAAAAGCAGAAAAUAUUUAUUGCAUUUUAAUAAUCCAUCAUCCAUUUCAUUGACUUCCUCUCUCUCAAUAUUUUCCUCUUUAAAUAUUUCAUGUCAGCUCUUGUAUAUAUUAAUACCAAGCUUAACCUUAUAUGAUUUACAAUAAUAAUAUAUGCCUUUAUCAUCAUAAUCAAAAUCAUCUUUUUUCUUCUCUCACUGCGCCAUUUAAUUCAAUCUUUGAUACUAUCCAACCAUGGAUUCCUCAGACUAUCCCACAUCUGCAGGAAGAUCCCCAAGAAAAGAGCUUCUAGGUCCACGUCCUACUCCUCUCAGAAUCCACAAAGAUUCCCACAAGAUCAAGAAACCUCCGGUUGUUCCGCAACCCUCCAAACCUCCGGCCAACCAGCCGCCUCGCCAGCCGGUCAUAAUCUAUACCGUGUCCCCCAAGGUAAUCCACACAAACCCUAGCGAUUUCAUGAGCUUGGUGCAACGCCUCACCGGAUUGUCAUCGUCGUCAUCGGAGGCCACCUCCGCCGCCGGAACUAGUAAUAACAAUAACCCUUUCAAUGAUAAUAACAACAACGCCGGGGCCAUAUCGCCGGCGGCGCGUUAUAGUAUGAUAGAAAAGGCUAGGCCUUCACCUCGUGAUCAAGUGAAGAUUAGUAGUGGACAGAAAUUUGUGGAAGGAAUGGAAGUGGACGGUCAUGAUCAUCUUUAUCAUCAUCAUCAUCAUCAUCUUGAUAAUGUUACUGAAUCAUCAAAGGGUUUGUUUCCAGGGAUAUUGUCACCGGGACCGGCUUCGCUACCGCCGGUUGCGCCGCCGAACUUCUUCUCUCCACCAUCUGAUAGUUUCUUUCAUGAUUUGAGUCCUGUGAUUCAUGGGAUUAAUAGGAAUUUCAUGGAAGGUAGUUUUAUGUCUAGUCCUUCAUAUUUUGCUUCCCCUACUCCUCCAUUUGACUUAUUCAACAAUUUCCCUGAAUUGUAAGCUCUUUUUUUUCAUUGGAGGAAAAAAAAAAUUAUUAGAAUAGGAAAAAGAAAGGGGAGUGAAAGCUCAUUUAUUUGUUCUUCAAUGGCUAAGAUUAGGAGAGAAAAAAAAACAAAAAAAAUUUGUUGAAGGAGAGGGGCUAAAGUGGAAAUUCAAUCUUCUUUUUAUAGGGAUACGAAAGCAAGUUGGAGAAGUUUAAUUACAUUUUGUGGACCAUCUGAUGAAGUGGUUUGGCUGCCUCAAGCUCUCUGACGAUGAUACCCAUUUAUUCUUCAUUUUAGGAUACAUUUUUUCUUCGUUUUUGUGUCCCUAAUUAAUUUAUUUGUAAUUUUGUUACC